GGACCAAUCAGCCCUCUUAUCAUUCCCAUACUUUUGGCCUAGUUUUCAACUCACAGACUACUCUCUCUACUGCCCAACACUUUCUCCUCUUCUUCUCUCUUCUCCUAAUUCAAGCAAUAAAUAUUGGCUUCUAAUAUUUCCUGUUAUGGAAAAUCAACAGCCUUCCCUCAAAUCAAGAUUCAGACGUGUGUGCGUCUUCUGCGGUAGCAGCCCUGGCAAGAAUCCUAGCUACCAGCUUGCUGCUAUUCAACUUGGCCACCAACUGGUCGAAAGGAACAUUGAUUUGGUUUAUGGAGGGGGAAGCAUUGGUCUGAUGGGUUUGGUCUCCCAAGCUGUUUAUGAUGGUGGCCGCCACGUGUUGGGAGUAAUACCCAAGACUCUUAUGCCAAGAGAGAUAACAGGGGAACCAGUAGGGGAAGUAAGAGCAGUAUCAGGCAUGCACCAACGCAAGGCAGAGAUGGCUCGUCAGGCUGAUGCAUUUAUAGCCCUACCAGGGGGUUAUGGAACCUUGGAAGAAUUGUUGGAGGUCAUAACAUGGGCUCAGCUUGGAAUCCAUGAUAAACCAGUAGGGCUAUUAAACGUGGAUGGCUACUACAACUCACUUCUGUCAUUCAUUGACAAGGCUGUCGAUGAAGGCUUCAUCACUCCAUCUGCCCGUCACAUUAUUGUUUCUGCCCAAUCUGCCCAUGAACUCAUGUGCAAGCUUGAGGAAUACGAAGCUAGCCACUCAGGGGCCUCAAAGCUAAGUUGGGAGAUGGAGCAGCAACUGGGUUACGCAAUAAAGUCAGAAAUUGCACGUUAACAUGCUCCAAUUUAUGAUGGAUUAUGUCCAUGACCUUAAUUAGCUGAUGAUCUUCCUCUUCUUCAGAAAAAAACAAAAAAAAAAAAAAAAAACAAUUAAUUGAUACAGAGAAGCUACGUAGAAUGUAGAUGUAAGGGAAUGGCCACCACAGUUCAUAAUUUUAGUCAGCUGUGGAUCAUUCUUUAUUAGUAAUUAUGAUUAUCUAAUUUUGUUAAUUAGUGUUGUCGGUGAUUGCUAAUUGUGUAAUUUUGGAUAUUUGAUUUGCUAAUAUAUAUUGAAUUGACGACUGGUUUGUUAUAAA